AAAAGGAGCACGUUACCGAAUUACCGUCGUCCUCCGCUCUGAUUCUCUGAGUAUUUUUUAAAUUGUAUCUGGAAAUCGUGGAUCUUCCUUUCGGAGUUCGCCCUAGAACACUACUCAAUACUGCUGGGAAUUGAUCUAUUUCUGGAAAUCUGAUGAUCGUACUGAAAAUGGCUUCGAGUUAUGCCACUCCUUCCUCUUUACCACUCCCGCAGGCGCCUCUCCGCCACCGCUCUCUCUGUUCGUUGCCGUCCAACUUCCCGCAGAAGGUGAAUCUCAGAUUCCUUUUGCCAUUACAGCUCAAGAGGAGCUUGAAAUCUCCAUCUGCUUCCCAUUUGCGCAUAUCUUGUCUCCGUGGCUCCAAAGCUGCAGUUGUCACCGGUAAGUCGUGGAACAAAUUGGUUCUGAGCAGUGAUGUGCCUGUACUGGUCGAGUUUUAUGCCAGUUGGUGUGGCCCCUGCCAGAUGGUCCACAGGGUGAUUGAUGAAAUCGCAACUGAUUAUUCAGGAAGAAUAAAAUGCUUUGUACUCCACGCAGAUACCGACUUGCAAAUUGCUGAGGAUUACGAUAUCAAGGCAGUGCCGGUAGUCUUGUUGUUUAACAAUGGAGAGAAAUGUGGUUCUGUCAUCGGUACCAUGCCUAAGGAGUUCUAUGUGGCGGCCAUAGAGAGGGUCUUAAGCAGUUCACAGUGUUCGUAGUCACGAAGUUUCACUGGCCCAAUCCGAUCCACCAAUGGUUAACUUUAUGGUUUUACGUUUGUUAAAGCUUUGUAAAUGUUCGGUUUUUUACUAUCUUUACCACGUAGUGAACUUGGUGCUAGCUAAACUUCCAAAUUGCAUUUUACUCUUCUUGUCUUGCAAGGUAUAACGAAAUAAUAUGGGACUAGUUGUACAAAAAAUUUGUCUGGCAAUGGCAUUGCCGAAUAUUGACGGGAUUUUU